ACUCGGAGCCGGAGGUUUGUCAUUGGCGCACGCUGGAGAUGUUGUAACUUGAUUUCCGCGGCUGUAAGAGGGUCAUGUUUGUACUGUAAGCGCGAGAAGAAUUAAUGUAUUUGUUUCAGGCAUCUUUAGCGUCUGGUUUCAUACAGGCUGACCAUGCUCAGGACGGUGGUGUGUCGGGCGGGGAGCGGCCUUUUAAAGCAUUCGUGGCAAACCGUGCCUGCGUCAUGGGGGAGCCGAGCUCAGCAGCGAUGGGCUUCCAGCCUCCCUAUGAACACCGUGGUUCUGUUCGUACCCCAGCAGGAAGCUUGGGUAGUGGAGAGGAUGGGCCGUUUCCACCGAAUCCUGGAACCAGGUCUAAACUUCUUAAUUCCAAUCUUGGACCGAGUUAAAUAUGUUCAAAGUCUCAAAGAGAUAGUGAUAGAUGUGCCAGAGCAGUCAGCAGUUUCCCUCGACAAUGUGACGUUGCAGAUAGAUGGAGUUUUAUAUCUCAGGAUACUCGACCCGUUUAAGGCCAGUUAUGGAGUGGAGAACCCAGAAUACGCCGUCACCCAGCUGGCACAGACCACCAUGAGAUCAGAGCUGGGAAAACUCACCCUGGACAAAGUGUUUAGAGAAAGAGAGUCUUUGAAUUCCAAUAUUGUCCACUCUAUAAACCAGGCCUCAGAUGAAUGGGGGAUUCGAUGUCUUCGAUACGAGAUCAAAGACAUUCACGUUCCUCCACGGGUAAAAGAGUCUAUGCAAAUGCAGGUGGAAGCCGAGCGGAAGAAGAGAGCCACCGUUCUGGAGUCGGAGGGGACGAGGGAGGCGGCCAUCAAUGUGGCCGAGGGUCGCAAACAAGCUCAGAUUCUGGCGUCUGAGGGAGAGAAGGCUGAACAGAUUAACAGAGCUGCUGGUGAAGCAAAUGCUGUUUUGGCUAAAGCUGAGGCAAAGGCUAAAGCUAUCCGGCUGCUCUCCGAGGCGCUCACUCGACUGAAUGGAAACGCUGCAGCAUCUUUAACUGUGGCCGAACAGUACGUCUCUGCUUUCUCCAACCUGGCCAAGGAGUCCAACACCAUCUUACUGUCCUCGAACACAGGAGACAUCAGCAGCAUGGUCACUCAGGCCAUGGCGAUUUAUGGGAGUUUAUCAAAGACACAGAGCACAGCAGACAGCGCGACCCCUGAGACUAAAGAGCUGACUUUGGAAGGAAACACUGUGUCUGAAACUGGAUAUAAAUAAUGUCUCAUUCUGGGAUAAAAGACAGAAACUGUUGAUACCGCAACGGUUCUGGUUGUGAAGGACUGAUGAAGGAAAACUGAAAUGAUAAAAUCACUGAAGCACUGUGGCGUCCUGGAGUAACUACACAAGAAAGAUUUUAUUGUGUUCAUGUUUUGUUUCCAUCUAUUAUUAUAAAUUUGGAAAAUGUAGUUUUUCCUGAUAAUCACUGACCCAGUGCUUGUAUGAAAGGUCAUUCGUCAUUCAAAUGUUUCUGCUAUGCAUAUUUUCAAUAAUGAAAAUAUUUAACAUGCUAUUAAUAUUCAUGCAAUCCAAAUUAAUCGCCAAUGAAUGAAUGAAAUUGUGAACUGCAGAACAAUGGUAAAUGCUGUAUGCUGUAAACAGCUUUUUUCCAAAACAGUGAGUUAAGGUGGGGUCACAUUAGCGAAAUUUUGGAGAAUAGUGUUGUGAUGAAUGAAGCAGACUCACACAGAAGUCACUUUCCAACCAAGUAGAUUUAUGUUGGUCAGUACAGCGAUUUUUUAAUUUUUUUUCUUAUUCAACGAAAUUCCAGAUUGCAUGGAUUCUUGUUGAUGUGACUGGAUUUUGGCCACGUCAAGUCACUUAACAACAGUAAAUGUGGACACGCCUUUACACGUCUGUCCAUACAAUAGAAGAUGGUAGAUAUGUUAUAACGCAAGUGUAAAGUUAUUUUCUGCGUUUAGAAGUGCAUUACAGCAAACUUGCCAAAAAUGUGCUGUUUAUAAUUCAGGGUUAUUCUUUUAUAUUAUUUAAACUAGAAAAUCCUUUAUAGUCAGCCAGUGAUAAUUGCAAAAAUAAACUAUAAAAUUGUGAUCAAGACGUUAUGCUGUAGACAGAGCUUAACUUGUUUUAUACCUGAAUGUUACUUUAAUUUCAUCUAGUCUGGAUGAAAUAUAAAGUUGUGUGGUAUAAUAAUAAAUCAAGCCGAGUUAAAACCUUUGCAAGAAUUAUGUCAUAUAGACUCAGGCGUCAUUAACAGUUUUAAGAAGGGUAUUUUUUUGAAUAAUAAUAAUAUAUGUAUACAACAAAUAAACAUGAAG